AAACAGAACAAAAGUAAAUAAAACCGAAUUGAUUUGUUUUGUAUUUGUCACCAAUUAAACUGGAUCAGGUGACGGGAAAGAAAACCAGUUUGAAGGUGAUAAAUACAAUGACGCCGGAUCCGAAGGAAAAGAAUCCGAAGUUAAACCCUCCGCCAGAGGAAAUGUCUGCUGGAAGCAGUCAGGACGAGCAGACAUCCGGUGAGGAAAACGAGGAUGAGGACAUCGAGGUUUCGCUGGAUGAGUUUGAUUCGGUCAACAAUUAUUUGGACUCGCUCAACUCGGCAUUGGACAUGAUCGAGCAACGAAAUGACGAUUUAAAGGCACAGCUGCUGAACCUGCUUCAGUCCAAUCGGGAAAUUCGGCAAUCAAUGCAGGAAGAGUACGCCAAAGGCAAUGAUGGUUCGGAAACGAACGGAAAAACUGAGGAUGCUAUGGAACAUUAGGGGAAAAUGUGGGUAUUUUAGUGUUGUGUUUAAGAGGGUAAUGUUUCAUUCCGUUACAUUUGAAGUAUUGGUCAUAGACUUCCCAAAAAACGGGAUAAUUUGUAAAAAAAAGGUAGUGUAGGUGUUUUAAAUAAAAUAUUCAUGUUACACUAUAA